AUGGCGUCGAAAUUGAAAUAUGAAAGUUUACCAGUUGGAUUAAAGAAAAUAUCUCGUCCUGUGAUCAGUUCGGACAUAAUGGGCAACCGAAAUGUGGAAAUCAGACCAGUUGGAGCAUGGGUCCAGCCAGCACCCACUGACAGAUAUUCAGAAAACCCUGAUGCCGUUACUGCGGCAGAAGAAAUAGAACAACAAAUGAAUGAUAUACAGAAACAGAAAGAGAGAAGAAUUCGACAAUUUCAUGAAGAUGUUAAAAAAAGAGUCAAAACAAUCGAAAGAUUAAAAAAACAGCAACAGAUGGAGCAAAAUAUUCAGGCCGUAGAAGAAGAGAGAAAUAUUUUACAACAAAGUGCAAUGAUUAAAAAUUACAAAAAUUCAAGAUCGAGUUCCCAGAGAAAAACUGGUACUUCAGUUCACAACACAGAGACUCAUUCUAUAUAUAGGUCAUCUAGUCAUAAACAUAGAAAAGGAUCAUCAAAGUCAAAAGAAGAUCACAUUCAAACCAAAGUUUUCACUGAUCAAACUAGUCAGAUUCAUCAAUAUACUAAUGAUGCCAGAAAGAAAUUAGGGUUAAAGAAAACUGAUGAUUAUAUUGAAGAAAAUGAUGCUGGUGCUCUUUCCUGGCAUAAACCAUUACAUUCAUUUGAAGAAGAUAAACAUCCAUUAGAUUGUCUAGGACUGACAAUUUUAACUCACGAUCACAAACAAAUACCAGAAAUAGACUGGGAGAGACAGAGUGUAGAAGAACCUGACACGGAUGAAUGUGAGGAUGACAGUUCAAAAACACGGCCCAAAAAAUCUGUUCAUUUUCAAGUUUCACCACGGGUAAAAGGUAACAGACUAAAAGUGAAACAUUCAGUUAAGAUACCUGCUAUAUAUAAUGGUGUAGAGGAAGAGGAAGAAAAGAAGAGAAAGAGAAGUCAACUAGCUCUGUAUAGAAAAUUAUUCAUGGAUAUAGAAAGAGAACAAGUUAAAGAAAAUCUGAGAAAAAGAGAUCACAAGAGAAAAAUACAACUAUUAAAGAAAGAAAAAGAACUGGAGAGAAAGGAAGAGGAAGAAGAGGCAUUACGAUUGGUUGAACCGAGGGAUCCAAUCACAGGAGAGACGAGAGCGGAAAUAUAUCUCCGAGAGAAAAUGGAGGAAUCUCAAAUUAAAGAGACAUUAGAACACCAUGAACAUCAGCGACAGAAAAUAAAAGAAACACAGAGAUAUUUGGAAGCUCUUCAACAUAAUAUACGAAUAAAGUUAGAAAAGAAAGGAAUAGUAUUACCACCUUUAUGUUGCUGUGCAGAGACUGCGUGGGACACGAAUCCUGAUACUUGUGCUAAUAACUGUAUCUUUUAUAAAAAUCCUAAAGCCUAUACAAAAGCUCUACAGUCAUUGUUAGUAUCUUGUCAGGUUGGAUAGUGGGAAUGAAAGUGACUGGAAAACAUUUUAAUUCAGCUAUCUGUAAACUGGAAUUGGUCAAGAAGUUUUUUAUUGACUGACAUGUCAUCCUAUAUCAUAACUGAUAUGGGUUUGAUUAGCUGAUGAAUUAAAACAACUUUUUAUUGCAUGUAUGUUGAAGGAUCCAGACAGAGUGCAUUUGAAGAGAAUCUUUGUUUUAUUUGUACAUGUUUGUUAAUAAAUUGUUGAUUUAUUCUC